CGUUCUUCUGCUGAGUCUUCGCUUGCCAACACCAAGUCGUCAAAGCGUUUGCCACGAAACUGUCGUGGAAGUGGAUCACCAGCAACGCGCUGUGCGCGAUAUGUCUUCUUUCCAGAACAUCUCCGCUCCGUUCAGCUUACCAGGCGUAGAAACCGUAUCCACAAUAAUAGAGUUUUCAGGGGUCGCAAACAUGCAGGCAUCAGAUUCAUCCGCUGUUGUCCCGUUUCUAAACCUGAGCGAGCGAAGCUAACACGCGGAGCUAGUGACGAAGCGAGUCGGCGUCGAUGGCGCGCGUUCCACGUUGCCUGGAUCACUCGUUCGCAGCCAGCUUGCGCAACCUUGCCAUCAAGACCGCUUUUCGAAUCGUAAAGAACAUGUGUCAAGUCGCCGACAAAACGCUCAUCAGACAACAAGGUAGCGCCUUCAACAGCGCCGAAGAUGUUGAAAUGAAAGCUUCCACUUCCUCGAACACGGGAGUUCCAGAACUUGGUGCUAAAUCACUUUGGUACCCCAAUCUCGCAACAUUGGAUGUGCGCCACCAUUAGAAGUUUCCGACCCCAGGCUGGACGCCAGAGCACGGAUGUUGCUAGCAUCAAAAGAAGCCGGUUUGAUGUCAUGCAUGCGAUCAAUUGGCCGGAACACCGAGUCCCGCAGCUUGACCAUGACUAGACUUUGCGCAGGAGCGUGCCACUGUUGCUGCAUGCAGAAUAGUCGCCGGACCUUCACGCUGUAUCUUGGCACGUACGAGGAUCUUUCUUUUGCUCCAAAAGCGCAACUGUAUCCUCUGUCAGAGGUGCGCAAAGUUUUGCUCCGUCUCAAAGCACCAUUUCUUGAGAACCAGGACGACAAGUCUUGAACCUAUUUCUUCAUCAUGGUCAAGCACAAAGAAACUCUACUGGAGCUCUGCACGAAGGCCACAACUCAGGGAAAUAGCAUCUCUGUCAGAAUGCUGGAGUACCUGAGUACGGUCAAGAGUCUACCCUUGGGCUUCAAAGAACUGGCUGCCGAUUUCCUCGACCUAUCGCGAAUCUUAUGGAGUAUUGAGGCCGGUUUGUCAGAAGCUGCACAAAAGAAGCAACGGUUCCCAAACGACAUGGUCUCGGAGCUGGAGGCGAAAUUCCGGAAGACAAUUGACGAUUUCAGCGUCCUAAAUCAAAUGAUUCUCAAGUUUUUGGAGUAUGAGAACAAAGGCGCACUGGGUAAAUUCCAAAAGGGAUGGCGCCUCAUGUUUUCCGGAACCGAUAUCGACAAGGUCAGACAAAGCCUCCUCAAGGACAAGGAAGCAUUGAGGAUGAGUUCGUUGGUGUUUAAGUGGUCUUUGGGAGAUGCAAAGGUCGAAUCCAACAUCGGCAUUGGAUAUACUGGACUUCUUGCAGCGAUGGAGCGCAUGAAUGUAAACCAGCCUACGACCGUCAUUCCGCCGCUCUCUGUUCCCUCCUCUGGCGAGACCUUGAUAGAUGGGCCACCGCAGCUUCCACUCCCAGCUCUGCCGAGUACAGAGAGAGCAAUGUCUGAAAAGAGCCAACCAAUCGUGACUCAUCUGCCCAGAUACGACAGUUUGAACAAUUCAUCUGAAGAACGACGCACGCCAUCAUCUCUAGAGGAGCGCCGCGGCAGAUACGACCCGCCAGAUCUCCACGCAUCAUAUUCAGAAGACAGACGAGGCAACCUUAAUCGCCAUCCGACCAUUUCUUCCGGUGGUACUGCAAGUGGUCGCUCGAAUGGUCUUAGGCACGAAUCAUUUGCUACUGAGUCAACAAUGAUGCUAGAUAGUUAUCUUAGGGAUUCCACGCGUGACACAACGAUCCUGCCGAGCCAUAGUGAGCCUAAGUACCCAACGAAGUUCAUUCGUGUCAAGGCAGAUCCAUCAACUGUCCCGCACUGGACACCCCGUCCUAGUGGAUCACCCUCACCCAACUCCAGAGUGGCUCUACUGCAUGCUAUUCAAAACAAAGACUGCAGCGCUGUAGAGAGGUUAUUGGAUGAUGGUGCCGACAUAUCCGAUCCAAAUCUUCUGAUUCGCGCCUGUCUUAACGGAGAUGAGGAAAUCGUCAGAGUUCUGCUCCUCUUCGGCGCUGAUACAAACGCUGCAGACGGCAAUGGGUAUACGCCACUCUACGCAGCCGUUAAAGCAUCCCUCGUUGAAGCCGUAGAGAUGCUUAUGAAAUACGGCGCCAAUCCAAAUCUUUCCGCAGGUCCUGAAGAAGUGACACCACUUGUGGUCGCGAGCAACGAGCGCAAUUUCGAGAUCGUCCAUCUGCUGUUGAUGUAUGGCGCAGAUCCAGCCAUGAUCAUGGGAUGCGGAAAUACUCCGCUCAUUGCUUCAAUCAACAAGACCGUGCCGCCGAGAAUCAUCGAGCUCAUGCUAGACUAUGAGACUGAUCCAAAUGCGAAAAACAGAGAGGGCACUACUCCUUUAUUCGUAGCUAUUCAAACUGUACGACUGGACCUGAUGGCUCUACUGUUGGACCACGGCGCAAAUCCAAAUUUGCCGGGCCCAAAACAUCCUCUUUGGCCAUCAACUUAUCAUGCGGAGGCCUUACAGCUCAUGCUGAACCGUGGAGCUGACACCAAUAAGAGCCCGGGCAUUAUGGAACUUGCGUCUAGCCUGAAAAAUAUCGAUUCAAUAUCCAUACUCUUAGAUCACGGCGUCUCACCAAAUAUCAAAAAGGACGGCAUUUAUACACCCCUGUGCUCGGCAAUCCGUGAUAACAGUGUCGAAAUUGUCGAUCUUCUCCUUGCCAACGGCGCCGACCCAAAUCUCCCAGCUUCAGAAUACCCCCAUUUCAAGUGCAUCACUCACGACAGGGUUCAUAUCCUUCCUAAGCUUCUCGCUGCAGGCACAAACCUCAAUGAGCCUGCAGGUAUCUUGGAGACGGCCGUUGCGCAUAACCACACUGAAGGACUAAAAUGGCUUCUCGCUCAAGGCGUGGAUCCAAAUGCACGGAAUGAGGAUGGCCGAACGGCCCUUACAACAGCGAUUCGAGAUAAUCGAGUGGAGUUGGUUGACCUCCUCCUUGCCAAUGGGGCCGACCCAAAUGUGCGAGGAGAAGACUGGCCAUUAAUCAUGGCCGUCAAACGACCGCCAGUGCUUAAGAAACUCUUAAAGGUGGUACAGAAACCUUCUUCUGUUCGCGGCGUCAUCGAACAAGCCGUCUUGGCAAACCAGCUUGAGAGCAUCAAGAUGUUGCUCAAAGCUGGUGUCAGUGUAGAAGACAAGACAGGUGGUGUAUUUUCCCCGCUCACGACGGCGCUUCGCGAGCAGAAUAAGGAGAUUGUUCGUUUUCUGCUUUACGAAGCCAAUGCCAAUCCAAACGCGCCUGGCGAACAUCUACCCCUUAUCAAGGCUAUUCGUCGCUGUCCCCACAACGACACAGAGUGCAUCGAGAUGCUUCUCGAUCGAGGUGCCGAUAUCAAUAAAAUGUACCGUGGUUGGAAUCCGGUCCUGCAAGCUGUCGAAACUGGAAACCUAAAAAUCCUCAAGGUGCUGUUGGAGCGUGGCAAUCCACUCGACCUUGAAGUUACAGAUGACGAUGGGAAAACUGUGCGCGAGGCUGUGAUUGAGAGAGGUUGGGCGGAAGCAAUUCCCUUACUCUUCCCAAAACCCGCGUCUUAAUUUCAUAGGGUCUGAGCAAGGUACUGACAAUUUUGGAGUUCCGUUGGUUGAAAACUUAAUAUCCCUUAUUUUGUCAUGUUUGUAUUACUUGCCAAAGAUCCAUGGGCGUUGCAGGUCUCAUAUAAUGCUGUCAGCCACGGCUAAUACUAAUUUUUUAUGUCGUAAGCUUCUAAAAACUAUUCGGAAACAAUGUCGUCAAUAUUCACUUCUUAAUUAUAUAUGCCCCUCAUUCAAGUAUUAUAGCCAUUACAAACCCAUAUCAAUAAUUAAAUCAUUC